ACUCGGCAUGCGACUUCUGCCUACGACAUCAAUCCCAGAGUCAUCCAUCAAGUGAACGCCGAUGACGAGCUCCAACUCAAGUGCAUUGUCAUGAAAGAGCGGGACUCAAGGACGAUGUCGAUGAAUGCAUUAUCGGCGGAUGAUGGCCCCGAAGAUGUGUCAAGGACCACGGCCUUUGCUAAGCAGCGUCCGGCGGACCAUCGAGACGCACCAUCGCAGAAUGCAAUUGAUGAAGUCGAAACCCGCAUUGCCGAAAGAGCAGAAGCAGGCCGAUGCUCCCUCACAACACACAACCUUCUACGGGAGGGAUGGGCUGGCCGCAUACACCGUUGAUCCCGCGUCGUUUCCAUCGAGUCGUGUCGUCUACUACAACGACAAGUUUGUCGUAAUCAACGAUCUGUUCCCCAAAGCCACGGUCCAUCUCCUCAUCCUUCCUCGGGAUCCCAAGAAGAACGUUCUCCGCGGACAAGAAGCCUUUGAUGAUGUCCAAUUCCUGGCCGAGUGUCGGGAGGAGGAGAAGAAGGUGCGCGGCAUCGUGGCCAGUGAACUGCGCAGGAGAUUGGGCAGCUCGUCCGCCGCCGAGCAGUCUCGUAACGAGGCAAUGAACUCUGACGACCCGCCUGACGUCCUUCCCGCCGGCCGAGACUGGACAAAGGAGAUCAUCUCCGGCACGCACGCGAAUCCGUCCAUGAACCACCUGCAUAUCCACGUCUUGAGCCGCGACAUGCAUAGCGAGAGCAUGAAGAAAAAGAACCACUAUCUAUCCUUUACCACCGACUUCUUGGUUCCCCUCGACGCCUACCCGCUUGCCGCCGAUGACUUUCGAAGAGACUACCGACACUUCACCGUCCCGGACAUGCGAUGUUGGAGGUGUUGGAAGAACUUUGGGAACAAGAUGGUACAGAUGAAGGCACAUUUGGAGGCGGAAUACGAGGAGUGGCGGCGAGAAUGAAGCGGAUGAGGGCUCGGAAUAGAAACAUAGAAUAGAUGAAUCCGUAGCACGCUCGAAAGCGAGGCCCCACUCGCACCUGCCGCCCUCCGUCGGCGGCCCCCUGACUUGUGACUCGUCACUUCCAUGCAGCAAACAAGGUUUCUGCAUAGUCUAGACCAACGAAACAACGGAAAGUACAGCCAAGUAUCUUUCUUCUCCUCACGUGCACUCAGCUGAAAUUUAAUAAACAUGGGCUAGAGGGAAGGUGCGACCAGUUGCAGC